CGCGGCGUGGCCUGCGCAGCAGCAAGAGCAGCAGCAGCAGCCCCGAUCCGCGUGGCUGACUCGCGAGGAAAGCGCCUCGAGGUCGGCGCGGGACUGACUUCCCGAAAAUGAGCCGUCAGACUGCUACAGCACUUCCUACGGGUACCUCCAAGUGUACACCAUCCCAGAGGGUACCUGCAUUGACUGGCACCACUGCAUCCAACAAUGACUUGGCUAGCCUCUUUGAGUGUCCUGUGUGUUUUGACUAUGUAUUGCCACCUAUUCUGCAGUGCCAAAGCGGCCACCUUGUUUGUAGCAACUGUCGUCCCAAGCUCACAUGCUGUCCAACUUGCCGAGGCCCAUUGGGCUCUAUUCGUAACUUGGCUAUGGAAAAAGUUGCCAAUUCUGUACUGUUCCCUUGUAAAUACGCCUCCUCUGGCUGUGAGAUAACGUUGCCUCACACCGAGAAAGCAGACCACGAAGAGCUUUGUGAAUUUAGGCCUUAUUCAUGUCCGUGCCCUGGUGCUUCUUGUAAGUGGCAAGGAUCUCUGGAUGCUGUCAUGCCCCAUCUCAUGCACCAGCACAAGUCAAUCACCACGCUACAGGGAGAAGAUAUUGUUUUCCUCGCCACAGACAUUAACCUUCCUGGUGCUGUUGACUGGGUUAUGAUGCAGUCUUGUUUUGGCUUUCAUUUCAUGUUAGUAUUGGAGAAACAGGAGAAGUACGAUGGUCACCAGCAGUUCUUUGCAAUUGUACAGCUGAUAGGAACAAGGAAGCAAGCUGAAAAUUUUGCUUACCGGCUAGAGCUGAAUGGUCAUAGGCGGCGAUUGACUUGGGAAGCAACACCUCGAUCGAUUCAUGAAGGGAUUGCGACUGCCAUCAUGAAUAGUGACUGUCUAGUCUUCGACACCAGCAUCGCACAGCUUUUUGCAGAGAACGGCAAUUUAGGCAUCAAUGUGACGAUUUCGAUGUGUUGAAACUGCAAUCCAUCCAGCAUUUUGAGGCCAGUGUCUUGGGAGGGGGGCACCCCAACCCCACCAUUGCAUUCAGUUUCAUAGAAAAUCAAGGUAAACAUCUUUGGCUGCCGGAUGUGAACAGUUUAACAGGGAGAGGUUGGCGCAUAUUGAAAGUAAAUUAAUGGAAAGGCUGUGGAAAGUACAGGAAACAGUUGCAUGUAAUAACACUAAUAUAUUUAAAAGUAAGUCAGCAGUAAACCACUGAAAUAUAUAUAUAUGUGUGUAUAUAUAUAUUAUACCCAAAAUGGGCAUCUUUUUGUAUUAAGAAUUGAUUCUACGGGAAAGUGUUGUAAAAUAAUUCUAAACUUGUUUGUAGAUUGAUUGUACGUUUUGAAAAGGAAAACUGUUUUGUGUUUCAUUUGUGUUCUUUUUUUUCCUUUGACUGACAAGCCAUGCAAGGCGGUCUGGUGUCUGGCCGUUUUUUUUCUCCCCCCCCCCCCAGCUGACCCCACUCCCAAGUCACUACAUAGUAUUGCUGCUGUUCUUGUGUACAUUUUUGUGUAUUUGCUAAUUUUUAUUAACUUCUAGUUUUUCAUUAAAUAAAUGACUUUCUUUUCUGUAAUUCAGGUUUCCCCCCCUUUUUUUGUACCUUUUGAAAUUAAUUGCAGGUGUCACCUUCUGCUACUCAUAAUUGAUUAUGGUAAAGUGUAUACUUCUGUAUAUUUGGUAACCCCUUCCCCUUUUCUUUUGUGCAAUACUGCCAUUGGUUA